AUGCGUGCAAUUUUUGCCUUGUUUUUGCUGUUUCUGGUAGCUGAUGGCAAGAAAAGCUUUCGUGUAGCCUCCUUCAAUCUAUGGCAAUGCGGGAAUCACGUUGAAAAGGGCCUGGACAAAAUUAUCAAGCAUAUCAAGGUCGUCGAUGCGGAUGUGUUCUCAUUUCAGGAAGUCCAAAAUGCCACUGCCAUGCGCCAAAUCGUCGACGCGCUGCCGGACGGGUGGACGGCCGUUUUCCCGAAUAGCAGCUACCCAAAUAUCGGCAUUUUGACGAAGCAUCCGAUUGUCCCAGAAUCUGUUGUCAAUACUUCCUUUGGUGUCCACGCUACGAUCAAAUUCGACUCCGGCUUCAGUAUCAAUUUCUGGGCUUUUCAUGGAUUUCACAAAGCCUACGGCCCGCACGCGGCUUUCAACAAGUUGGUGACGAAUGUGAGCCAAAUUAUUUCUGGGGAAUACGCGCCAAAGGAGAGGAAGGGCGGCCGCGUCCAAAACAUUCAAGAGGUCACCGAAAGCGCCACCACCAAAGCCGCCUUUAAACGACUGAAAACCGAGCCGAUUUUUAUCCUCGGCGACUUCAACACGCCGAGUCAUCAGGAUUGGGUUGAGGCUAACAAACCCAAAAAUGGCGGCUGGGCGGUGGAAUGGCCGGCGACGAAGCAUUUGACAGACCUUGAUUUCUUGGAUGCUUACAGGGAGCUUCACCCGGAUCCGAUGAAGGAACCUGGAUACUCCUGGUCCCCGGUAGCCAAGACCAACUACGAAUGGGACUUUGCCUUUCCGGAGCCACAGGAUCGGAUUGACUUCAUUUUCUACAAGGGGCCAGUGAAGCCGACAAACGUGACCCUCUACUCGGGAAGCGAGCCGCUGAAAAUGAUGCCCGACCAUUUCUACAACGACUAUCCUUCUGAUCACUCGAUUGUUAUUGGGGAUUUUGAAUACCUGGAA